AUGGCGUGCGGCAGCAAGAGGGUCACCAUCCAGCUGGUGGAUGAAGAUGCUGGGGCUGGGGCUGAGGGCCCGAAGCUCUUCCGGGGCCAGAGAUUUGAGGCAAUCCGGGCAGCCUGCCUGGACGCAGGGAUCCUGUUCCGUGACCCCUACUUCCCUGCUGGCCCUGAUGCCCUUGGCUAUGACCAGCUGGGUCCAGACUCAGAGAAAGCCAAAGGGGUGGAAUGGAUGAGGCCCCAUGAGUUUUGUGCUGAGCCCCAGUUCAUUUGUGAAGACAUGAGCCGGACAGACGUGUGCCAAGGGAAACUGGGUAACUGCUGGUUUCUUGCGGCCGCCGCCUCCCUCACUCUGUACCCCCGACUCCUGUACCGGGUGGUGCCCCCUGGACAAGGUUUCCAAGAUGGCUACGCAGGCGUCUUCCACUUUCAGCUCUGGCAGUUUGGCCACUGGGUGGACGUCGUGGUCGAUGACAGGCUGCCCGUGCGUGAGGGGAAGCUGAUGUUUGUGCACUCGGAACAGCGGAAUGAGUUCUGGGCCCCGCUACUGGAAAAGGCCUAUUCCAAACUCCACGGCUCCUAUGAGGUGAUGCGUGGGGGCCACAUGAACGAAGCCUUUGUGGACUUCACUGGCGGCGUUGGAGAGGUGCUCUACCUGAGGCGAGACACCCCAGGACUCUUCUCCGCCCUGCGCCACGCCCUGGCCAAGGAAUCCCUUGUGGGCGCCACUGCCCUGAGCGAUCGCGGGGAGUACUGCACAGAAGUCGGGCUGGUGAGGGGACAUGCAUACUCAGUGACGGGCACGCAUAAGAUGUCCCUGGGCUUCAACAAGGUGCGUCUGCUGCGGCUGCGGAACCCAUGGGGCCGCGUGGAGUGGAGCGGGGCCUGGAGCGACAGCUGCCCACGUUGGGACGCGAUCCCCGGGGACUGGCGAGAUGCCCUGAUGGUGAAAAAGGAGGACGGCGAGUUCUGGAUGGAGCUGCAGGACUUCCUCCAGCACUUCAACACCGUCCAGAUCUGCUCCCUGAGCCCGGAGGUGCUGGGCCCCAGCCCGGCUGGGGGCGGCUGGCACAUCCACACCUUCCAAGGCCGUUGGAUGCGGGGCUUCAACUCUGGCGGGAGUCAGCCUGGUGCUGGAACCUUCUGGACCAACCCUCAGUUCCGGCUGACACUGCUAGAGCCCGAUGACUGCGACGAGGAGGAGGAGCAGGGUCCAUGGGGGGGCUGGGGGGCGGCAGGGGCACGGAGCCCAGCACGAGGGGGCCACAUCCCUAGGUGCACUGUCCUCCUGUCACUCAUCCAGCGCAACCAGAGGCGUCUGAGGGCCCAGGGCCUCACCUACCUCACCGUGGGCUUCCACGUGUUCCAGAUUCCAGAGGAGUUGCUGGGCCUCUGGGACUCUCCGCGCAGCCGCGAGCUCCUGCCGGGCCUGCUGCGCGCCGACCGCUCGCCCUUCUGCGCCCGCCGCGACGUGAGCCGCCGCUGCCGCCUGCGGCCGGGCCACUACUUGGUGGUGCCAAGCGCGGCCCGCGCCGGCGACGAGGCCGACUUCACGCUGCGCAUCUUCUCAGAGCGCCGCCACACGGCCGUGGAGAUCGACGACGUGAUCAGCGCAGACCUGCAGGUCCUCAUGGUCCCCCACGUGCUCCUGGAGCUGGGCUUGGAGCAGUUGUUUCUGGAGCUGGCAGGAGAGGAGGAAGAGCUCAGUGCCCCCCAGCUCCAGGUCUUAUUAAGCAUUGCCCUGGAGCCUGGCAGGGCCCACACCCGGACCCCUGCAGAGAUUGGGCUCAGGACCUGUGAGCAGCUGCUGCAGUGCUUUGGGGGUGGGAAAAGCCUGGCCCUGCCCCACUUCCAGCAGCUUUGGGGCCGCCUCCUAGAGUGGCAGGCCACAUUUGACAAGUUCGAUGAGGAUGCCUCGGGAACCAUGAAUUCCUACGAGCUGAGGCUGGCGCUGAAGGCAGCAGGCUUCCAUCUGAACAACCAGCUGACCCAGGUCCUCACUAGCCGCUACCGGGAUAGCCGCCUGCGUGUGGACUUUGAGCGCUUCGUUUCCUGCGCAGCCCGGCUAACCUGCAUCUUCCGCCACUGCAGCCAGCAUCUGGAUGGGGGUGAGGGCGUCAUCUGCCUAACCCACAGACAGUGGAUGGAGGUGGCCACCUUCUCCUAG